AUGUCUGCCACAAGACCGCCUCACGCUCUGGAUCCAAACCCACGGCACCCACGACAGGACCUGCAUCGUUUCAUUAACGAGCUCAAUGUCAAGUACAACCUGGGUGUGCCCAUCCCGGAUCCAGGCCUCAGCCCCUCCAAGAGAAAGGAGCAAGAGACUCCCGCCACCAGGCUGUAUAUUCGUCUUGAGGUCCACUUCUAUCAAGGCGGGCUGGAAGUUCUUCAACAAUUAUUGAAGGAGUUUGACUCGGAAGCUAGACAGUCCUGUUCUCAGUGGGUCAAGAAACCCAGAGGCGACCCUGACACGCUGCCUGCGUCCGGCAGUAGUCCUCUAGCAUCCAACCAGGUCCAGCGAGAAUGUUUGCAGUCAUUUUUCCACAAAGUUCUGGAUCGUUGCCAACCAAAGAGAACUUUCAAUCGCACUCGAAGCGGGCCGGCUGCCUUCUCAAUGGAGAAAUCCCCUUCUGUUCAGCCUAAGAGGGCUGCUGAGACCAAUAUGGCCAAAUCGCCGAUCAAGCGUUCGAAGCCGGCAGGACAAACUGCCAGUGCAGCUCAGGUCCCUAACCCAGCAGCCCUCCCGAAGACUUGCGACCUGUUCGCCGCACCGAGACUACCCUCCGAGCAGCCUCGACAGGGCUCAGCCAGGACAGAAGGCCCUCGUCCAGAGUCACUUGAAGCAUUGAAGAGAUCCACCACAUACUCGACCAGUGUCACCAGCAACGCUUCUUCACGGUUCGUCUUUUCCAGUGCCAAACUGGAGUUCAGUACGCAAGAAACAGUCGAGGCAAGCUCCCAGGAACAGAGAAGGAGUCUUUCAACAUCUCAAGAUCAGUUUCAGCCGACCUCAACUAUGGUGGAUGUCUUGAAUGAAUCAUUUCAAGACCAGGAGGCGUCUUUCGAUUGCCGCUCGAGGGAGACAGGCUUCAAAAAUGCCCCUUGCCCCCCAACCCAGACCACAGACUACUCAUGCCCGCCUUCAUCAGCACUGGUGGAAGCUCUUCGUUCCACCCCCGAUAACGAGCCCCAGGUCAAAGGCGAACGAGCCGUUACUGAGUCUCUGGCUGCUCACAACCCCGGCUCCUCCUUAGGCCAAGACAUAUGGCCAACCUUACCAGAUUGGCUUGAGCCGGCGCCGUUUUUUAUAGCGUGGGAGGUUCUCCGGAUCGGUGUUCACAUGGGAAUUGACUUGCAUUCGGCACCACUAACCUAUGAUCCGCGAUGGAAAGAUCAGAAGGUCCUUCGCAGUGAUCUAGGCGAGGCUUUUCGUGGCAAGCCCUUGCCGCCGGCCUCAGAUCCGAAUGCCUGGGCCAUGGCAGCCAAUUGUUCACCAGGCAGAAAUCAGCAUGUUGUGUUUUCAGCCUCACUCGAGUUUGCCGGCAUGAAACCCGGUGGUCAUCUGCGUCUGAAACUCCAACCUCUCAAGCUCGACCAACCUCAUCGCCUCGGCCGGAAAUAUGGCGCCGACCGCUUCCUAGAGCUUCUUGUGCCCUCUCCAGACUCCUCAAAUCUUCCCUGGUUUAUAAAAGACAAGCCUUUCUACGAAGAACUUGUCAACUGGCUAACGCAAGAGCCACACGCGUUUUGUGGGCGGCGUUACAGACCUUUCUACUUGAAAAGCGGCGGGCAGCGCAAGCCAAUUAAACAUCUACAAUUCGGGCCAGAACCUAAGCCCGUGUACACGGACCGCGUCUACUUAUUCGCCGAGGAUGGCAUUGAUAUUGCCAGAAACGACCAGCUAUCGACGCCUGUCGAAUCCAUGAUCAGCUGGGCUCUGGACUUGAGAGGGGGCAGGAAUGACUCUCAGCCCGUACUCAAGCUCUUCCAACGGCUGGCACUUGUUCUCAGCAAAACUACCCCAACCAUUGUUUUCGAACCAGACCAAAUCAGGCAUCGGAGCCAAGACCUGCUGUCCACUGAUGGGACGAAAGUGAUGAACGACGGAGUGGGCAGAAUGAGCAGAAAGGUUGCAAAGAUGAUUCAGACCGCUCUUGGUCUAUCCUCGCCCCCGUGUGCUGUCCAGGGCCGACUUGGUUCUGCAAAAGGGAUGUGGAUUGUUGAUGUUACCGAUACAACAGAUGAUAUCUGGAUCGAAACAUACCCGUCCCAGCGCAAGUGGGUUCUCAAAACUGCAGAUCAAGAACAUCUGACCCUGGAAAUUCGCAGCUGGGCGCCAGAGAAGCUACGAUCUGCCAGUCUAAACCUCCAGUUUCUCCCAGUUCUAGAAGACAGGGCCAUUGACAAGCGAGCGAUGCGUGAAACCAUAAGCAAGUUAUUGGAGGACAACCUUCGACAGGAGCUCAGCGACCAGAGACAAUCCCUCGAAAGCCCUAUUCAAUUCCAGAAAUGGAUAGCUGCAAACUCGAGUCACAGGUUAGACCGGCUUAAUCGCGGCCAUGUGCCCUUCCAGGGUGGCCUGCCACGGGAAGAUGAGGAGAUCAUGGCUUUCAUGCUCAACGCAGGCUUCGAUCCCUGGCGUAACAUGUUUCUCAACAAGAUGGCUUACGAUGCACAGUUUCAAAUGUGCGAGAAACUCAGCAAGAAGCUCAACAUCAAAAUCGGCCGCUCAGCCUAUCUCUUCAUGGUGGUAGACUUCCAGGACGUGCUCGAGGAAGGUGAAGUCCACAUUGCGUUUUCAGACCGCUUCAGGGCAGAUACAGGCUACUGGGAAGGAACAAUGGUUCAUGGCGUGGAUGUACUUGUCGCCCGUUCGCCAGCGCAUUUCACAUCUGACAUACAACGUGUCAAAGCCGUCUUUAAACCUGAGCUGGCACAACUACAAAACGUUAUUGUGUUCUCGGCCAAAGGUGACACACCUCUUGCUGAGAAACUCAGUGGCGGUGACUAUGAUGGGGACCAGUGUUUAUGUGUCUGGGACGAUCGUGUGGUCAGGAACUUUGCUAAUGCUAGUGAGGAGGCUCAGCCUGAUCUUCGCGACUACUACCGACAAGAUAAAAUCAAGUUGCGCCAGCUCCUGUCGACACACAACGAAGAAUACGGGGCAGCUAUUGGGGAGAUGAUAGAGAAAUGCUUCGCCUUCAACCUGACCAAAGACAUGUUGGGACAAGCUACCAACUACAAAGAGCGUCUGUGUUAUUCCAGGGGGAAUGUUCAUGACGAGGUGGCCAAAAAACUCAGUGCACUCCUGAGUACGCUUGUAGACGCGCCGAAGCAGGGAAUAGAAUUUGGCGCCAAAGACUUCAAGGCUUUCAAACGUUCUCACAGCCUACCCGACCAGCUUGAAGAGCCGCUAUACAAAAAGGAGCGUCAGCCUCCGGAUCAGCAUUAUGGCCAUAUCCUUGACUAUCUCAAGUUUGCGAUUGCGCAGCCAGCUAUCGAGCAAGAAUUACGCAAAUUCUACACCGAGGAAAAUGCCGGCAAUGUUGUUCCUUGGGAUAAGGACCUCACCGCAAGGCAUUACGACGAAUGGGAAGACGAUUCCGGCAACAGAGAAUCGGCGCGGACCAUCCUUCGUUGUUUGAAGCGAGACAUUGGCCACGUACUCGAGGAGUGGAACAUCCUUUCAAGCGACGAUUCUGUCAGUUUCUCUGAGAUGGUACAACGGACAUACAAUUCUUGGCAGGGCAUCCAGCCAAGCGAAGAUGUUCCCAAAGCGACUCUGCGGCGUCUCCGCCGCGGCUAUGCGCAGACCUCAGAGUGGGCUUUACUCAAGGCCAGCACAACCUUCAAGCUGUACUACCAGCUAAAGCCACGCUUCGUCUGGCAAUUGGCAGGCUGGCACCUUUGCUUCAUCAAGUGGCAAGUAGUGAACGAAGUACAGGCUGCUGCGGGCAAGAUGCCCGCUGUGCUGACAUCGCCAAUGUACGCAAUUACCAAGGUCGACUCUCGCGCCGUCAACCAUCUCGUCGAACUCCAGACGGGCUUUGGGAUGGAGGGAAAUGAAAAUGGAGACGAGGAAGAUGAUGCGUGA